GUUUAUUAUGUAUAUUUUAAUAAUAAACGUAUUCAACUCCCCUAUGAAAUAAUAAAUGGAUGUUGGAUGUUUUUAAUGGAAUAUUGCAUAAUCGUCCAGGCUGUCGGGAAGCAUUUUAUGCAAAACACUUUAGAUUGUUCAAGAGUUUCUCCAUGAACGACCUGAAUGAUCCUCCUAGAUGGAAUAUUAGACCAGAGCCAGCUGGAGAUGACGGUGGCAGAUGGAAUUAUGCCCUGCUGGUGCCCAUGAUCGGGCUGGCAGCAUUUCGUUGGAUAUGGACUCGAGAAUCACAGAGCCAGAUCCAAGAUAUGAAGAACAAGUACGACAGCGACAUGGCAGUCAUUACCAGAGACCUGGAGCUGAAGUACAGGGAGACACUGACAGAAAACCGGCGGACAGCAGCACACCUGGAGGUAGAGCUUGAGAAGGAACGCCAGCGUGUGCAGGGCUACAGGAAAGCCCUGAUCUCUCAGAGUCAACAGCUCAUGGAACAACGGAAGCAACUUCAGCAGGAACGGCGGGAUCUGGAGGAGGAGAAGAACCACCUGCUGCAGUCUGGAGUGGCCGGGGUGGCGCUGCGGAAAGCCCUGCAGCAAGAGGAGGAGUGGCAGCGCAGGGCUCAGGCUCUACUACAGGAACUGGAGGUGCAGCUUGUGGAGAGGCAGGAAGCUUUCUGCAGCAUCCUCUUACCACGGGAACGUCGUCUGGAGAUGGAGAAGAACCUGCUGCUGAAGGUGGCUAAAAACCCAGUGGGUGCCGAGCUGAACCUAGAGGACGAUCUCAGGGACAUUUUUAAGAACGACAGACACUGUGCAGAUUUACUGAACAUGGAUAAGCGCAAGAAUGGGAAUUUGAUGUGGCUGUAUCUCAGGUACUGGCAGCUGCAGGUCACCCUGCAGAAACACAAGAGGGCAGAGGAGACACUCAAAGGAGCAUCGCCAUACUCCAGCAGACCUUGAUGCAGAGUGUUGGCCUUUAUGAAAACAACAGGAAAGAUUUUGUUUCCCCUAAAUGUUUUCCUUUGCUUAUCAGAGUUAUCGUUUAUCAGCUAUUUAUGCCAAACUUUUUCAGGAAACCCGUUGAGCCUUGACUCCUUGACAAUCAUACCAAACAUGAAUUGUUUUUGUUUUCUUUGCUCUAUUUUUCUAUUUCACAUUUUUUGAUCAAGUAGUAUGCAGAAGAAUAAAAUGGUUUCAUAUUUGUUGCACUGCUGAUGAACUUCAGAGGAUUUAUUAAUUCUCAGUCUAAAGAUGGUUCAUAACUAAUAUGUACCACAAUAAUAAAAAUGCUGUUACUGA